CUGGGCUGCCACAUGACGAGAGAUAAGCACUAGUUGUCUUGAACGCCACUCGGUGUGUGUUUAUGGAACGUUGCAGAGCUGCGCAACGUUGAUGGUUCGGCUGUAACUACGUGGAGAGCAUCUGGUACAAUAAGGCGACUGACACAACAGAAAACAUCAGUGCAAUGCUGCUUCUCAGGCGCUGCCACAACCUGACUCGAAUUGCUCCUUUCAACACUCAAAGGCAUCAGGUGGCUCCUGCCGUGACAUCGUGUGCAGUUCGUCUCUGGAGUAGCGGCAGCAGUGAGGACCACAGAUCGUACCAGCGUGCACAUGGUCCCAGAUGGAGACAUGCCCUAGCAGGACUGCUGGCUGGUACUGGGGCAGUACUGGCUUAUGGCCUCCACCACCACAAGGCUGAGCAGGCAGACACAGUCAGAGUGCAGCCCAUAGUGAAGACCUCAGCUCUUCCCAUUUUCACCCAGGAAGAGGUCACCAGUCAUCGGUCUCUGGAAGAUGGCGUGUGGGUCACUUACAAAGGUGGUGUCUAUGACAUCACAGACUUUGUGGCCAUGCACCCUGGUGGGGAUAAAAUCCUGUUGGCAGCAGGUGGAGACCUUGAACCCUUUUGGGCGCUGUAUGCUGUGCACAGCCAGGAACACGUGCUGGAAAUCCUCUCAGAAUACAAGGUUGGCGAACUGAGUGCAGAAGACCUGAAGAAGCAGCAGAAGGUUGAAUCAUCUGACCCCUACUCCUCUGACCCAAAGCGUCACCCCGUUCUGCACGUCAACAGCCUCAAGCCUUUCAACGCCGAGCCGCCUCCUGAAAUCCUCACCGACAGCUACAUCACUCCAUCUGCUAUCUUCUUCAAGAGAAACCACUUGCCGGUUCCUCAGGUUGACCCAGCGUCUUACAAGCUGCAUGUGGAUGGACUACCUGGAGGAUCGCUGACACUGUCUCUGGAAGAGCUGAAAACUCGAUUCCCCAAACACACCAUCACCGCCACGCUGCAGUGUGCCGGGAACCGCCGCUCUGAGAUGAAUAAAGUAAAACAGGUGAAAGGACUGAACUGGGGCAUUGCUGCCAUCAGUAAUGCUACAUGGAGCGGUGCAAAGCUCAGGGAUGUGCUGCUGGCUGCUGGUUACAGGCCUGAUGAUGCCCAGUGGGCUCGUCAUGUUCAGUUUGAAGGACUCGACAAAGACGUGACCGGGACUACCUACGGCGCCUCAAUCCCUCUUAACAAGGCGAUUAGUGAGGAAGGUGAUGUGCUGCUGGCUUAUGAAAUGAACGGCGAGGAUAUCCCUGCCGACCACGGCUACCCGGUCCGGGUUGUGGUUCCAGGGACGGUUGGCGCGCGCAAUGUCAAAUGGUUGGGGAAGAUUAUAGUGAGUGCAGAUGAGAGCAGCAGCCAUUGGCAACAGAAUGAUUACAAGGGCUUCUCCCCCGGGACGGACUGGGACACGGUGGACUUCAAGUCGGCUCCGGCCAUCCAGGAGCUCCCCAUUCAGUCAGCGAUCACCACGCCGUCAGACGGCGCUUUGGUCAACCGCAGCAGUGAAGAAGUGACGGUGAAGGGUUACGCCUGGAGUGGUGGGGGCAGAGAGGUGGUACGUGUAGACGUCUCUGUGGAUGGAGGGAAGACAUGGCAGGUGGCUCAGCUGAAGAGCAGCGAGAAGGGACAAGAACCAGGACCCUCGCCGCCACCGGGACGGGCCUGGGCGUGGAAGCUGUGGGAGUUAACAGCUCCUCUUCCUGCCGAGGCUCAGGAGCUGGAGAUAGUCUGCAAGGCGGUUGACAACAGCUAUAACAUGCAGCCGGACACAGUUCCUCCCAUCUGGAACCUGAGGGGCGUCCUGAGUAAUGCCUGGCACAGAGUGAAGGUGAAGAUCAGAGAGGACGAGAGCGAAGAAUAGACUCAGUGUUUUGAUCCGCGUUAAUAUGCCAAAAGUUUUCACAGCUGAAUCAGAGUGAUCAGAGUGGACUUUGUGUUUUAAGUCUGUCACUCAGCUGGAAAAGGGAAGUUUCACAGAGUUAAUGCACAGUUUUAUGUAACAACAAAUACAGCCACUUUUGAGGUAUUUAUGCAAUCAUGUUGCCUAUGAGAUUUGAAGGAUUUUCAGAGCUACAUAGCUAGAACAAGGCUAAAGGCUGUGAAUGACCAAAUCAAAACAUGUCUGUUUUUAUUGAGUGAUGAUUCACUGACACUUGAAUCUUAAGUGAGCAUGUGAUUCAGUUUGUCUGAAAGAAAGAAAAAUAUAUAUUUUUGUAAUCAGUGUUGACUUUGUCAAUGGUGACUUGUACACACAGAAUUUAAGAAUUUAAGUGUUGAAUUACCAAUCAUGCCUCAUAAUUUAAAAAACUAAUUUUAAGUAUUAAGUCUGUUAUAUCAAUAAUUUAACGGAAGGCUACUAGAGAUGCAUGGAUUGUUUGCUUAACUUUAGAGAGAACAACUGCAGUAGGGCUGCAACUAAUGAUAGAUAGAUUGACUGAUUGAUUGAUCUGCCAAUUUUUUUCAUGAUCAGUCGUUUAGUCUUUAAAAUGUCAGAAGAUUCUUUUUAAAUAAAACUCAUCAAAACUUCCCAGAGAAUAAAGACAGAUCUUCAAAUUGCUUCUUUUGUUCAGCCACCAGUCUGAAUCCCAAACACAUCAUUUACUUGCAUAUGAUAAAAGAAAACAGCAAAUAUUCACAUUUAAGAAGCUGGAACCAGCGAAUGCUUGACACCUGUGGUUGAAAAAAUGACCAAAACAAUUCCAUGAUUAUCAAAAUGAUUGGUGAGUAAUAUUCUUUCAGUCAGUUAAUCAGCGAACUGUUGCAGCUCUAAACUGGAGUUUUCCAAGACUGGAAUGAACUUGAAAAUUGGAAACAUCAUUUGUUUAUCUGCAGUUGUGACUUUGCUGUUUAAUAACCAUCAUUAAAUGAGAAGAUUAGAAAACUUUAGAGCAGCUAAGAAUAAAACGACCAGGAGCAGCUGUCAGCAGUGCACAUCAUACACGCUUGUUUUUAGUCUGCAAAUCAGAGGUGAGCUGUGACCCUCUGUCUGCCGUUCAGUUUCUAUCCCGCAUCUGUAGGACUGACCACACCUCACUGUGGAGAUUCAGCUAAAGUUAGCUGUGUUUAUGCCGCAACACUACAGCACAUUACAGAGGUCUGGGUGCUUCUUGACCACAGUUGUGACCCUCUGCGCUCUGACAUACAGGUUAGGUGAAGGAGGAUUUAGGAUUUAGAGAAAGAUGGUUGAAUGGUGACUCCAUACGAGGAGCGAGAGAAUAAAUAAUGUGUGUUAACCUAAACAUCCUCCAUCUUAAGGACUUGUUUGGACUGAAAUGACUGCAUUGCCUCUCCGAAUGAAGCCUUGCUCUUCAGGGUCAUGGAAAUGUUCAGUAAUGUUCAUUUGAAUUCACUAAAGUUCAUAUUAACAGUUGAAUCUAUUAAAACAGCUGAGUGCAUGUGACGCAGCUCAGUGAUCAACAUUUGUAUACGCUAUGCUUUGUGUAAAAUGCACAUUAUCGUUGAAGAUGAUGAAUAAAGAGCUCUAAUUUUA